AUGCCGAAUUGUGCCCCAAACGUAGACCGUAUUAUUGAACAGUUGCUGAAAGUUCGAAAUGCCAAAUCCACAACUCCUCGGGUUAAUUUAACAGAGGCUGAAAUUAAGUACCUAUGCAACCGAGGACGAGAGGUAUUUAUGUCGCAGCCAAUGCUUUUGGAGAUGGAAGCACCAAUCAAGAUUUGUGGGGAUAUUCAUGGCCAGUAUCGCGAUCUAUUGCGUAUCUUUGAAUGUGGAGGUUUACCUCCCCAAAGUAAUUACUUAUUCUUAGGAGACUAUGUAGAUAGGGGCAAGCAGAGCUUAGAAACGAUCUGUUUACUGCUGGCUUAUAAGAUUAAGUAUCCUGACAACUUCUUUAUUCUGCGGGGUAACCAUGAGUGUGCUAGUAUUAAUCGGAUCUAUGGGUUUUAUGAGGAGUGCAAGGAUAGGUAUACUUACAAGAUUUGGAAGCGAUUUACAGAGACGUUUAAUUGUAUGCCGGUGGCUGCUUUAGUGGACGGGAAGAUCUUCUGUAUGCACGGAGGUUUAUCUCCGGACUUGCAGUCUUUUAAUCAGAUUAGAGCGAUUCAUCGACCGACUGAUGUGCCGGAUAGUGGUUUACUAUGUGAUUUAUUAUGGAGUGAUCCGGAUGGCGGGGUGGCUAAAUGGGGAGAGAAUGAUCGCGGGAUUAGUUUUACGUUUGGGGCGCGGGUAGUGGAGGAGUUCUUGCGGAAGCACGAUUUAGACUUAAUCUGUCGGGCGCAUCAGGUGGUUGAGGAUGGGUACGAGUUCUUUGCUGGGAAGCGACUAGUAACGAUCUUUUCAGCUCCUAACUACUGUGGCGAGUUUGCUAAUUCCGGGGCGAUUAUGGAGGUGGACAAAGACCUAGUGUGCAGUUUUAGAGUGCUUAAACCCCUGGACGGGUCUGUUUAA